AUGUAUUCUAUUAAAUAUAUUAUUAUUUAUUUUAUACUUGGUUUUUAUAAUUUAUCAGCUAAUGAAAAUAAUUUUAAUCCAUAUGAAAUUCUUGGUUUAUCUCGAACAGCAUCAGAUAAAGAAAUUCGACAAGCAUAUAAAAGAUUAGCUAAAUAUUGGCAUCCAGAUAAAAAUUCUGAAACAAAUGCACAUGAACAAUUUACAAAAAUUAAUGCUGCUUAUGAAAUUUUAUCUGAUAUAAAAAAACGACAACAAUAUGAUGAAUAUGGUACAACAUCAGAUAAUAAUCAACAUAGUUUUAAUAAUUAUCAUUUUCGAGAUCCAUUUGAUAUGUUUCGUGCACAUUUUUUUCAUGAAACAUCAUCUAGUGCAAAAAAAGUCAUUCAUUCAUAUGAAUUUCUUAAUAAUAUUUUACCAAAUAGUGAUAAAAAACCUUAUUUUAAUAUUUGGUAGUACAAAUUUUUGUUUUCAUUGUCGACGACCAUUAGAAAUUUUUCGUUCAAUUGAAAAACAAUUAAAUGAUGUUGGUAUAUAAUGAAAUAAGAUUAUUUUUAUAUGAACAAUGACAGCUUUCGUUUUUUCGAGAACAUGACAAGAAGAGACUAAAAGAUUUUGACAAUAGAACAAGUUAUGUGUAGGUUUGCAAAGAAAUAAUUUCUCUAUCUAAUAUUGUAUACAAUGUUAAGCUGUACUGCGUGCGGUUUAUAUGUUGAGUAGUGAUGCCACUUUGACCACAAACCGCUACAGAUUGUGAUGAAGGUAGCACCAUCUAUUAAUAUGUCAACGAUUUGAAAUAGCAUGUGGUAAAUUAUUAAAUGGAUGAAGUUUUUCUCUACAUGCGUCUACUUGUAUUUUUCUUUUACUGUAGUCAAAAUUUUGAUAUAAUAUUCUGAGAUUUGAUGAGUUUUAUACUAUAAUAAGAAAAAUUUUAGUUUAACAAAGUUAUAAUAAUAUUAAAAUUAGAUAGAUUUUUCUUUGAAAUAUUAUUGUACUAAUAACAGACUUUUAGCCAUAGUGAACAUUUUAAUAUUACAUACUUUGUUAAGCUUAUAGAUUUUAUAUUACAUUAUUUAAGAAAUAAAAAUUAUAUUUAAAAUAUAAUCUGAAAGUAGUUGUCA